AUGUCCGACACCUGCAUUGUCUGUUUAGGAGACCUUGGCGAAAGCGCCAGUGAUCCCCUCGCCGUCGAGCCCGUGCCAAGACCCGAUACUUUCGAUCAUGCUGACUCGACGGGGAAGGCUCCUGUAACCCAGGAGGACGAGGAUCCAGGCCAGAUUGCCCAGUUGCUUCCUUGCGGUCAUAUUUUGCACAAUAAUUGUCUGAAGCCCUGGGUCGAACGGGCGAACAGUUGUCCGAUAUGUCGGCGCAAUUUCAAUAUGGUCGAGUUGAGUGACCAUCCGGGAGGUCCUGUGACGUCGUCCUAUGCCGUUCAAGAUCGGACUCAGGUCGCCGACAUCGAUCCAUCGAUGAUCAUCGAAUAUGCGGAAGAUGAUCUCGCUGACUUCCAUCCCUGCACAAUAUGUGGUCAGUCAGAUAAUGAAGACGUCCUUCUGCUUUGCGACGGCUGUGAUGCGCCGUCCCAUCUAUGCGAUCCCCCCGGCUCUUGGUUCUGUGACCAAUGUGAGACUCAACGUACUCUGGGAUCAGCUGCAGAGCAUAUUUCCCGACCUCGGCCUUCCCGUUCGAACUCCCGGCGAACUCGCCGUACACGGGGCCAGCAACGUCAGCACCAGAGCAGGAACCAAAUCAAUUCCCUCCACUGGGCCCGAGUCUGGCAGUCUGUGUGGGACCAUUUGAAUCUCGACUUAGAUUUUCCGUUCGACGACGAGCGAUCAGCCGAGCGUCUUGCCCAGGAACGCCGCCGCGAAGAGGCUAACCAGCGCGAGUUUCGCGCAUGGCAGCGGCGCUUCGAGGUCGCAGAGCAGCAAGGCGGUGGAAGUCGAUUUAGAGACACUGCUUCCCUCUUUGACAUCCAUCCCGCUCGACCAUCACGGCCUCGUGUACCCCGAGAACCGACUCCAGAACCAGAGUCCUUGGAAGAAAUGCGAGCAUGGAACGCAUUUGAACGUGCUCGAGAAAUCGAAAAUAACCCCAAUGCAGCUCGGAAGCGCAAAGAGCCGACAUUAUCUCCCUCUCCCGAGCCGACAGAGCCCGAACGGAAACUCAAGCGACCCCGUACGAGGAGACCCCAAGAGCUCGCUGCGAUGGCUCAACAAAAUGGAGAAUCUUCAAGAGCGGCAAGUUUAAUAGCAAGUGCGAAUGCGAGUGCAAACCCAAACACCAACACCAACAUCAAUGCGGACGCAAGAUUGAACGGGGAAACCAUCGGCGAACCAAGUUUUCUGUCAUCUUUGUUGAAGGAGGUGGAAGAAGCAUCGAACACAGACCGCACAGCUUCUCAUGGACCAUCGGCUCCCACAUCUAUUGCUCCUACUGACCAUGCAACACCCGGACCAUCAUCGCCGUCCAUAUCUCCUGUUUCCUCCCGUCAUUCUUCUCCCCGGUUAUCAUCUAUCACUCCACCUCCCUUGUCUCGUAACCGACCUAUCUCCCCUCUACAACUCUCUUCUCCCGUCGAACCAUCAACUCCUCCAUUUUCUCCCGAGGUUUCCUUCUCCGGGAGCCCAUCAUCCCCUUCAAUAACCAUUGAGAAUUCAUCUCUCCAGCCCGAGAGAGCCCGUCCACGCUCCCGCAUACCUCAGAAGGCGCUUCAAACAGCAUCUUCUCGAUCGUCAGAUUCAUCCCCUAGCCGUGCGGGUCCAUCCCUGGCGGUGAAAUCCGACAUCCAGAAGAUGGUUGGUACCGCCUUGAAACCCCACUAUCGCGAAAAGACAAUCACCAAAGAGCAAUAUACCGAGAUCAACCGAAACAUCUCUCGCAGGCUUUACGAGCGAGCUGGAACUGCAGAGUCGCUCGAAGCGGACUCCCGCGCGAACCUACAAAGGGCUGCAAAAUUCGAAGUGAUGAAAACCAUCGGUGCCCUACGACACAAGCCCAAGGACAAACAGAAACAGCCUGUGUUGUCUACAGACUCAGACGGCGAUUUAUAA